CAUGCAUUAGCUGAGCGAUAUGAGAUUAUCAUUUGAGUCACGUGACAAAUGCCCAUAGAAACUGGACGCUCGUCAUUGAUGGAUCGUAUGGUUCUUUUUCGGGAGUGAUUCUUCAUCUUCCACGUUUCUCGUGAAAUAGGUCUUUACUUUCGCAUUGAUUUCUCUACAUACUAUGGCUUAAUGUGAAUGGAAUGUGACUUGAGGAAUUAAAGUAAGAUGACAACUGAUUAUCCGAUAAGACCGCCAUCGGAACAAUUGGUUGAUCUUCAUGUGUAUCUAUUACCAAGAGAAGUAUGGAACGAGAAGUAUAGCAGUACGUACAAUGAAUCCAUUAGGGAAGCAAGCUCUGCUGGAUUUGUCAGGGUGUGGCCAGACCUGACAGUAUGUGGUUUACGGACUUUGAUAGAGGAUGAGUUAGGAGAUAGUCUACCUCAGAACUAUGUAUUCCUCCGCAGUGUGGGAAGAUGUAUGACACAGAUCAAACCAAGGCAAGAGCUGGAACUGAAAUGCAAGGCAUUUCUGCCUCCUACAGCAUGGGCUCCAGAGAUAGUGGUCCUGGAGGCUUCAAGGGACAGCAUGAGUGUCCCGAUGUACCAAUCCUUCCCGGGCUACUCACCCCGACCUAACGCAACUCAGCCGAUCAACGGCAUCCCUACCCAUUUCCCCCAGGUCGCCAAUCACGAUAGAAUGGCGCCAUCGUCUGAUGGUAUGAUUGUACCGUCACAACACAACACUCACCCUCCAUUGGUGGCAGGGGACUCUCCCACAAUGCAUUCUACUUCCAUCCCCGGUCAAAGGUUACCCCCGUCUUCCAACCACCACCCCUACCCCCCUCCACAACCCUAUCCCACACACAAUCCAAACCUGACUAACACUUCUGCUGAUUCAGCUCAACGUUCUAAUCAAAGUCAUCCUGUAGCUAUUCCUCCUGAUAGUAACUAUGACCCUAGACGCAUGGACAAUCCUAACACAUCCGCUAACAACUCAGCUUCUUUCAAAACAGUUCAGCCUUUACCCCUUAUUGCUCAUCACACAUAUGAUGUGCUUGUAGUCAAGUCCCAAAGUGGGUCUCGCCCGCAACAAUCAACCCUCAAGACCACUAAGAAAUCCCAUCCCGUUUCCUCUAACUCGGCAGAUCCAUCUAACACCCAGUCUAAUUCAGACGAUGAUACUAACCAAGUUGUUGCAGAUGUUGCAAGCCCCACUAACAAGCGCACCACUAAUAAUGCAUCCCCCGGGAAGGAUGUCGCUCAAGACACCGCACCCGCAACCACUGGUCUCCACCACACCCACACUAACAACCUCCACCAUCAUCACCACCUCCGCAACAACAUUCACCAGUCUGGCUCUCGUAGACUGUCUCAUAACGAUCCUAACAGUGUGUCGUUCCCUGCACCCCUGAGUGCCACGCCCCCUGAUACGCCAACCUCUGACCCCCCACCCCCAGGUCAGAGUCCCAUGGUGCAGCAGCAGCAGCAGCAGCAGCAGCAGCAGCAGGGGUACAAGGGUGACCCCCUCGGGUCGGGUCGCCCUGAUGCUUACACCAACAGCACAAACGAGGACUCCGGCAUAGCAGAACCCACACCGGAUGAUGAUGAUCCAGACUAUGAAAGAAGAAAAUCUGAUAUUGAUGAUCCAUACUACAACCAACUCCAUCCUGAUCAAACACAAAAUAGACAAUUCCGACAAACUGAAAGAAGCUGGGACGAAUCAGAUAGAUAUCAAGAAAAAGAGAUAGAAGAAGAGAGGCAAAGACAAGCAGAGAUCAAGCAAAGAGAAGAAGAGAGAAGGGAAGAGGAAGAGAGAAUAGAAGUAGAGAGACAAAGAGAAGAAGAGAGGAGAGAAGUAGAGAGACAGAGAGAGGAAGAGAGAAGAGAACAUGAUAGAAAGUUGGAGCAGAAAAGACAGGAGGAGGUCAAGAAACAAAGGCAGAGGGAGAUGGAGGAGAAAAGAAAGAAGGAAGAAAAGAUGAAAGAAGAAAUGAAGAAAGAGGAAGAGGCAGAGAGACAGCGGGGUAUCGCUGAGAGGGAACGAGCCGCAGCUUUCGAUAGUUCAAUGCCCUUGAGUGAGGGGGAGGAGGAGUACAAUGAUGCGACUAUUGCCAUGGAAACUAACCAAGCCCCGGACGGCCGAGGGCACUUCCUAAACGAUGAGCAGAUGAGGAGGCGAGCGGAAGACGAGUUGGAGGACUAUGAACCCCAGUCGACAUGGAGGCAGGAUGGAGGCGGGGAGACGGCGGGUCACCCCCUGCAUCCUGGGAGCAGGAGGAAUAGAUCUAGGGAGGAUACCGAGAUGGAGAUGGCAUCACAGCAAGCCGUACAGGAUGGUUUGAAAAGGGUGCAUCUCACGCCAGAGGUUCACAGGAAAGCAAAGAUUGGGAAGAUAAGAAAAAGCAGCAUAACAGACGAGGAAGACAUCUAUGAAACAGACCCAGAGAUGGCAGAUCUUUUACAACAACUUCAAGCGGCAAGGCAAGAGAGAGUGAAGAAAGAGAAAGAGAGAGAAAACUUGAUCAAAAGGGCCAAGGAUCUUCAGACAAAGACUCAUGAAAGGAGAAAUAGAUCGCUGAAUGAAUCGAGACCGAGGUCCAAUAGUGUAACUCCAGACCUAGCCACUCGUCCUCGCGAUUACUGGAAGAAGCGCUACUAUGACGAGAAGAAGAAGACGGCACCGAUGGAAGAGCAAGUCAGUCGUGUGAGGAACCAGCUAGACCAGAUGCAUCGUAAGCUACUCAGUCACAUAGAGGGCAAGAAGAAAGGUGUCUCCGUCAAGGGCCCACCCUCCAAGAAGAAUGACCAUAAGAUCAACAUCUUGAAGAUGCAGCAUGAGCUGGAGGAAAUCAAGAGAAAGGUGGACAAAUCUAGGAUGAAACUCACCUCAGAAAUCAAGCUACGCAAUCAAGCAGAGGAGGAGGUCAGAGGUCUAAAGAGCGAGGUCACGCAACGCAAGAUCAACACGACCCUGAUCAGGAAUCAAAAACUAGCUGCACUGAAGAUGGGGGAUCACAAACUCCUCUCAAAGACCCCAAUUCCAGCCCUGGGCAAGGGACCCCUGUCCUUGUCUGCCAAGCGAUGAUCGAGGUAGGGAGGGAGCAACAUAUCGGAAAGAAAAGCAAAACAUCUCCAGGGGUUGUGUAAAACAGUUUACAGUAGGUACUUAAAUUGGCCAGGGACCUCUUUCCAUCAUGUCUGCUAAGCGAUGAGGAAGGGAGCAGCAGAUUCUGAAUGAAAGAAAAAGAAAUAGGACUGUCCAGGGGACUGUUGCAUUAUACUUACCAUUGAUGGUAACUUUGCCAACAAUGGCAACUACCAUGGUAACAGGGCUCAACAGCCAAUCAAAAUCAAG